CCUGCACUAGCACUGUUCACCCACGGUGGAGUCAUAGCUGCCUGUUUUGCGUGCUGCACAUCCAAAUUCAGCUACAGGGAUACUUUUCUCUCAUACCUGCUUCUUUUCUGAGACGUUGGCACGCUGUAGCGACCACUUUGAAGACAUCAAGGGAAGCGCUUAUUCGACAUGGACGCGCCAUUGGAUCUGGUUGGACACUCCACCGAGACGGCAUUCCACAGUAACGAACUCGCGAUUGAACACGUAGAGCCUAUAUCUCGCUCGGACAUCUGGUUCGACGAUGGCAACAUCGUACUCCAGGCGGAGAACGUGCAAUUCAGAUUCUUCCAGGGUAUCCUCGCGGCGUAUUCCCCUUUCUUCAAGGAUGUGUUCUCGAUACCGCAGCCUGCCGCUGGCGCGGAUGUGGUAGAGGGAUGUCCCGUAAUGAGACUGCCGGAGAAGGCCGCUGAUGUCAACUAUAUGUUGAGCUUUAUUCUCGAGUCAAAAUCGUCCAAGCUGACUCCGUCUGUUGCCGACAUCGUCGCCGCACUCAAGAUGGGGCACAAGUACCUCAUAGCAAUCCUUUGGGACGAUGCGGUCGAGAGGCUGCGCUACGAAUUCCCGGAGCGAUUAGACGAGUAUCAGGAACGCCGCGAUAAAUCCACCGUUUAUACGCGCAUCCGCUUUGACAAGGACUGCCCCGGGCGGCCCUUGCACCUUGUCGACGCGGUGAAGGAUGCGGGCCUAGAAAGAAUACUUCCUGCGCUUUGUCAUCGGGUCGUAGAAAAAUCUACUCUGGAUACGCUCAUGCAUGGUCCGACCAGCGUGGCAAGACUGGAAGAUCCUAGCUUGCAGACCCGCAUAAUGCUACUCGGUGCACGCGCAAAGAGGCCAUCUAUCAGGGCGCGACUUAUGCGGCGCGCUUAUUCCGAGCCUCGCACUGUACCGUCGGAAUGUCUCAGUCCCCAACGAUGCCAGGACAUCCGACGAAGCAAGCUGAUUAGAUGCCUUCAGCGUAUUGAGGAGGAUGCGAAAUCUGUCCUGUUCAGACCCUGGCCCACCGAUGGUCAGACUAAGCAGAAGAGGCCGCUCUGCUGGUUAUGUGUGCACGAAAUGCAGGAAAAGCUGGCUGCCGAGCAGCAGGCAAUUUGGGACGAGCUGCCGUCGUUGUUUGGUCUGCCGUCCUGGGCGGAGCUGAAAGACCAUGUCCUGGAAUGACGGCGGCGAGUGGAAUAUUGUCCAGUGACAGGCUUUUUUGUACUAUAUCGAGAAAGUCAUGACCCCUGCACUUGUAUUGAUAUAUGUAUGCAGGGUCGGUCGAAAGGG